AUGUUUCCCCCCAACCUUGUCCGGGACCUUGCAAAUGUCCUGCAGCAUCCUAAACCAUCUUCCUCCCCGGACACUCCCGCAGUGGCCGGCACAUUGACAUUCCAAAGUGGAGCAUCCUGUGUUCUGCUGCCUGAGUACAACUCCGCCAGCUACGUACUGUGCUCGCUGGGUGCACCACAAAGGUCCCUCGGCGAUCUCCUCAAGAAGGAGAUGUCCAUGUACAAGCGAAUAGAGCAGUGCCGCUCUGACCACCCGGGCCGAGACGCUGUCAGGCACCUGCUAGAUUCGUUCCAAGUCAAGGACCCCGACGGAGACCACCUCAUCCUCGCCCAUGACCCGCUAGGGCGGAGCAUCCAAACAGUCAUCACGUGCAACAAUCCCAGAGCACUUCCUCCCUCGGGUGUGCGCUUCGUCCUAAAGGAACUUCUCCUCGCCCUCGACUACUUGCAUCGGGAGUGCAACAUCAUCCACACUGACAUCAAGGCGGACAUCAUGUUCAGCAUCUCAGACACAUCCGUCUUCACCGACUUUGAGGAGGCAGGGAUACAAGAACCCUCCCCUCGCAAGGAGGUAGACGACAGAGCCAUCUACCUCAGCCGGAUACUGAAGCGUACCGGCACGAUCGGCCCCGUGGUCCUGUGCGACUUUGGCGCUGCCGUCUUUGGUGACACCGAGCACCGCGAGGUCGUACAACCACCCGUGUAUCGGGCCCCCGAGGUCAUCUUGGAGGCUCCGUGGGACCACAAGAUCGACGUCUGGAUGCUCGGCUGCAUGACCUGGGACAUCUUGGAAGGUUUUCGGUUGUUCAAUGGCAUAGACCCAGAACACCAUGCUUACCGAAGGAGGACACAUCUCGCCGAGCUCAUCGCGCUCCUCGGGCCCCCGCCCAAGGAGCUCAUCGCGCGCGGCAACCUGGGGAGUAAAUUUUUCUCCGAUGAAGGGGAGUUCACUGGCGGAGUCGGGGUGCCAGGGCCGGUAUCGCUCGAAAGCCUAGAGGGGCUGCUUGCCGGAGAGGAGAAGAGACGGUUCCUGGAGUUCAUGCGGAAGAUGCUCCAGUGGGAUCCGUCGAGCCGCAGUACCGCUGCCGAACUGCAAGAAGAUCCCUGGCUACAGGAAGGGGAAUGAAGCGGAGGGCAGAGGACGGGUUCCGCAGUGAAGGUUGCGCUGGGCAGAGGCGGCGGGCGCGCGUCUGUGUUGUUCAUGUUGUGCAGCGAGGCCUCUACCUUGAGACAAUUCUGAGGGCCGCGACCUGGAUAGGCUCCCGCUGCUUUUGAUUUGCUGGAUAGCCGCGAUAACAGGUCAAGAGAUGUAUGCUGCUGGCUUGUAGUGAUUCGUUGAG